AUGAAUAUUGCAUCUCUUUCAAAACAUCUUGAUGAAUUGAAGGUUCUAUUACAACAACUUGGGCAUGACUUCAGUAUUAUUGGUAUCACUGAAACUAAAUUCCAGAUUAAUGUCCCUCCUAUUAAUUGUGAUCUACCUGGUUACUCCUUCACACACACGCCUACUAAAGGUGAAAAAGGUGGUGCUCUGUUGUAUGUUUCUAAUCACUUGCAAUUUAUUGAACGUCUUGAUCUUGAUACACUUGCAUACAAAAGCAGUGAACUUGAAUCUAAAUUCAUUGAAAUUAUACAGGCUAAAGAUAAAAACAUGAUUGUAGGAUGCAUUUAUGGACACCCCUCAAUGUCUGUUGAUGAGUUCAACAACCAAUUUUUAAUGCCCCUUCUUGAGAAAGCGUCUUCUGAAAAUAAGCCAAUCUUUCUCCUUGGCGAUUUUAAUAUUGACCUUCUAAUGUCCGAAUCGGUUAAAGAAGUUUCUGAUUAUAUUAAUAUUACCUCCCAGUUUAAUUUAAUGCCUCAUAUAAUUUUGCCCACAAGAGUCACUGAAUCUACCAGCACAAUUAUAGAUAAUAUUUAUUUUAACUCUGCCAAGUGGGAUACUUUGUCUGGUAAUAUUAUUAAUUCAAUAUCUGAUCAUUUCCCCCAGUUCUUGGUGUUAAGAGAUUUGUCUGCUGUCAAUCCGGCUCAUGUAUCUAAUGAUAUUUAUGCUCGUAACUGGAAAAAAUUCAGUCAUGAUGCCUUUCGCAUUGAACUACAAUAUACGGAUUGGGAUGCUAUACUUCAACCAAGCACAGAUGAUCCCAAUGUAUCAUUUGAUAAUUUUUACAACAGUUUUAACAGUCUUUUGGAUAAAUACGCUCCAUUAAAAACGACUUGUAAUAAAAAAAGUAGAAAAAAAUCCAAUCCUUGGAUUACUAAUGGUAUCCUUACCUCUAUUACUAAAAGAGACCUUCUUCAUAAACGUUUGUUAAGAGAAAAAGAUCCAUAUUUUAAGUCUCUCUUGUUAGAGCGUUUCAAAAAGUACGGCAAUAAAAUUGUAACUCUGUGUAGAUUGAGCAAGAGUGUUAAAAAUAUAAUUUCUGUUCGUUCUUCUGCUUCUGUUUCUCCAACCUGUAUGAACAUUGUCACUGAUCCAGUGACAAUUGCUAGCUCUUUUAAUAAUUAUUUUUCAUCGAUUGCUGAAAAUAUAAGAAUGGGCAUCCCAUUCACAUCAAAACAUUUCUCUUCCUUCUUAAAAGAUUCUGUUCCUAAUUCAAUGUUUCUUUCACCAACUGAUGAUAUUGAAGUUCUCCAUUGUAUUUCUUCCUUGGACCUUGGGUUAUCCCUAUUCAUAAAAAAGGAUCCAAAUUGGAACUUACAAAUUAUCGACCUAUAUAUAUCCUUACUUUCAAACAUUGAUAAAAUAUUUGAAAAACUUAUAUAUAAACGGGUGUAUGGGUUUCUUGAAGCUAACAAUGUCCUGUAUAAGCAACAAUUUGGUUCCAGAAAAAAUUACCCAACCUGUCAAUCACUAAUGAAUAUCUCUCAAAAAAUUAUGGAUGCUCUUGAUAAAGGAAAUUAUGCAUGUGGAGUGUUUAUUGAUCUCCAGAAGGCUUUUGAUACUGUUGAUCAUGAAAUUCUGCUUACAAAGCUUCAUCAUUUGGGAAUUCGAGGUAAUGCUCUCUCUUUAUUUAGGUCCUACUUAAUAGGUCGUCAACAAUUUGUGUCUUUAAAUGGAGCUAGAUCAGCAAAUAAUCUUACCAAACAUGGUGUCACUCAAGGCUCUGUUUUAGGACCACUUUUAUUUUUAAUUUAUAUAAACGACUUGAAUUGUGCAAUUAACUAUUCAUGUGACUCUUUGAAACAACUGGCCAAACAAAUGAAUUUAGACCUCAAGCUUCUCUGCCAUUGGCUGAAUGCUAAUAAGAUUUCUCUUAAUGCUAGCAAGACAGAAUACAUUAUAUUUAAACAUGCACAUAAACCUCUUAAUUAUGAUUUUAGGCUUCUCAUCAAUGGUAAAAGGCUUAUGCCUAGUGAUUCUAUUAAAUAUCUUGGUGUUCUAUUAGAUUCUGAUUUAAGCUGGAAGACUCAGAUCAAUAAUACUGUUGCCAAGCUCAAGAGGGCUAAUGGAGCUUUAGCUAAACUUUGUCAUUUUGUGUUUCAAAAUGUCCUUAUCCUAGUCUACUAUGCCAUUUUUCAUUCCCACCUGCAAUAUUGUAAUCAAAUUUGGGGUCAACCAAAUAGUCUUGAUGUUAAUCGUAUUGCUGUUUUACAAAAUUUUGCUAUCAGACUAAUGACUUUUGAAUCUCGAAGAGCAUCAUCUAGUAUCAUCUAUGGCAACCUGGAAAUCCUCAAAUUCAAUGAUAUUGUCCAGUGUCAGAACAUUCUGUUUUUGCAUAAGCUCUUUCAUGAUAAAAUGCCUGCUACUAUCCAGAAUACUUUUGCGGUCGACUUCAACCAUGCCCAGAGCACUUGGCAGAAAAGGCUGGCUUGA